AUGAAGACGAUGCUGCCCAGCGUAGUCGCCAUCGCGCUUCUGCCGCCGCGAUCGCAUCAGUGGCGCAGUGUCGCAUCGGUGGCGGCGUCGCGAUCGGGCACCCUGCAAUGUGCAGAGGAGGCGCGAAUCGCCGAGGCGGCUAGCCCAGUCGUUGCCCGCCCGAGCAUCACGGGCGCGGAGUACUCGCGCGGCCUCGCCACCGUCAGCUUUGUCACCCUUCUCUUUGCCUCCAACUCACCGGUGCUCCGCUCCGCCUUCACCUCGGUCGAGCACGUGCCGCCGCCUCUGCUCGUCAAUGCCGUCGCGAGUGGGACGGCGCUCAGCGGCCUGAUCGUGGGUGCGCCGCUGCUGCGGGGCGUGCCGGCACCCGCGUCGAUCGAGGCGAGUGCGACGAGCGAGUUGAACAGGGAGUCGCUACGCGCCGGGGCGGAGCUCGGCCUCGUCAAGUGCGUCGGCACGAGCUUCAACCUGUACGGCCUGUCGCUCACCUCCGCCGACCACGGCGCGUUCCUGAUACAGCUCACGACCCUCCUCGUCCCGGUCGCGCAAGCCGUCCAGGGCGUCCCCAUACCGCCGCGGAUUUGGGCCGCCGUCGGCACCGCGCUGGUCGGCCUGGCUAUCUUCACGGCCGACCCCUCCGACGCGGCCGCCUCCCUCUCUGGCGACGCCUCGUGCGUCGCGGCCGCGCUCUGCUACGCGCUGUACGACCUCCGCCUCUUUGUGUGGGGCAAGCGCGUCACUCCUCUUCGACUGAUCCAAAACAAGGUGGCGGCGCAGGCGGCGCUGGCGGUGACGGCGGUGCCGCUGCUGGCAUAUGCGGACGCGCGCCAGUUUGUCGAGAGCGUCACGCCGAGCGAUCUGGUGGCUCUCGCGCCCCUCGUGCUCUGGAGCGGCAUCGUCGUCAACGGCGUGGCGCCCUUCCUGCAGGUGGGCGGCCAGCAGGCGGUCGGGCCGGCGAGAGCGCAGGUCGUGUACGCGUCUGGCCCUCUGUGGGCGGCCCUCCUCUCGCUUGCCGUGCUGGGCGAGACCAUCGGGCCGCAGGGCCUGCUCGGAGGCGCCGCGUUCCUGGCCGCGGUGCUCCUCGCCGCGGGCACGCCCGCUCCCGACCCGGCGUGCGAGGAGGAGGUGUGUGAGGUGUGA